AUGGAAACCCCCAGCUGCAUUCAGGAGGAGCCGUUUCCGCACCCCCUGGAUCCUGAGUCGGGCGCCCCUUCUCAGUCGGUCCCCGGGAAGCUCGGCGAGAAGCGGUUCCGACUGUGGUAUGUGGGGGGGUCAUGCCUGGACCGCAGGACCACACUGCCCAUGUUGCCUUGGCUCAUGGCCGAGAUCCGCCGGCGCAGCCAGAAGCCCGAGGCGGGCGGCUGCGGAGCUCCCCCGGCCCGCGAGGUGCUCCUAGUGCUGAGCGCGUCCUUCCUGCGCUGCGUCCCGGCGCCCGGCGUAGGGGGUCCCGGCCCCGCGGGCGCGCAGCCCAACCCAGCGGUGUUCAUCUUUGAGCACAAGGCGCAGCACAUCUCGCGCUUUAUCCACAACAGCCACGAUCUCACCUACUUCGCCUACUUGAUCAAGGCGCAGCCCGACGACCCCGAGUCACAGAUGGCCUGCCACGUUUUCCGCGCUACAGACCCCAACCAGGUUCCUGAUGUUAUCAGCAGCAUAAGACAGCUAUCUAAAGCUGCCAUGAAAGAGGAUGCCAAGCCCAGCAAAGACAUGGAGGACGCCUUUUACAACUCUCAGAAGUUUGAAGUCUUGUACUGUGGAAAGGUGACAGUCACCCACAAGAAGGCCCCGUCCAGCCUCAUUGACGACUGCAUUGAAAAGUUCAGCCUGCAUGAACAGCAGCGGCUCAAGGUCCAGGGCGAGCAGUGCAGCGCCGACCCCAGCGACGACUUGAUAGUCUUUGAGGCGGAAGAGCUCCGCGCACCUGGAGCCAGCCUGCUGGAGGAAACAGAUGGUGCCCCCAGUAGCCACGCUGGCUUACCCGCCGUGGCCAGCCAGCCUGUUCUGCCCAGCUCUCGCAUUUGUUUUCCUGAGCGGAUCUUGGAAGAUUCUGACUUUGAUGACCAGCAGGAGUUUCGGUCUCGGUGCAGCAGUGUCACCGGAGUCAUGCAGAGGAAAGUGCAGGAGAACAGCCAGACAGCACAGCCGCGCAGGAGGCACGCCAGUGCGCCCAGCCACGUACAGCCCUCGGACUCCGAGAAAAACAGAACAAUGCUCUUUCAGGUUGGACGAUUUGAGAUUAACCUUAUUAGUCCAGACACUAAAUCGGUUGUACUGGAAAAGAAUUUCAAAGCUAUCUCCUCUUGUUCUCAGGUUGAUGAGGUAAUGCUGACUCUGAAGCAGGCUUUCAGCACGGCUGCUGCGCUGCAGAGUGCUAAGACCCAGAUCAAGCUGUGUGAGGCCUGCCCGAUGCACUCUUUGCACAAGCUCUGUGAAAGGAUUGAAGGUCUCUAUCCGCCAAGAGCCAAGCUGGUCAUACAAAGGCAUCUCUCAUCUUUGACAGAUAAUGAGCAAGCUGACAUCUUCGAACGAGUUCAGAAAAUGAAGCCAGUCAGUGACCAGGAAGAAAAUGAACUUGUGAUUUUACAUCUGAGGCAGCUGUGUGAGGCCAAGCAGCGGACACACACUCACAUUGGGGAAGGCCCGUCGACUAUUUCAAAUAGUACAAUCCCGGAAAAUUCGACAAGCAGUGGCCGGUUCAAACUUGACAUUUUGAAAAAUAAGGCAAAGAGGUCCUUAACCAGCUCCCUGGAAAACAUCUUCUCAAGGGGAGCUAACAGGAUGAGAGGCCGGCUUGGAAGCAUGGAGAGCUUUGAAAGAUCCAACAGUCUUGCUUCCGAGAAGGACUACUCCCCAGGGGACUCCCCACCAGGGACACCACCAGCCUCCCCGCUCUCCUCAGCUUGGAGCACGUUCCCUGAAGAAGAUUCUGACUCCCCACAUUUCCGAAGACGGGCACACACAUUCAGUCACCCACCUUCAAGCACAAAGAGAAAGCUGAACCUACAAGAUGGAAGGGCACAUUGUGUCCGCUCCCCUCUCCUGAGGCAGAAUUCCAGCGAACAGUGCAGCAUUCUUCCAUCAGUUCGACGCAUGCACAAGGAGAGUAAUUCUUCCUCCAGUCUUCCAAGUCUUCACACUUCCUUGUCUGCCCCUUCCUUCUCUGCCCCCUCUUUCCUGAAAAGCUUUUACCAGAAUUCAGGUAGACUGUCCCCACAGUAUGAAAAUGAAAUCAGACAGGACACUGCUUCAGAAUCAAGUGAUGGAGAGGGGAGAAAAAGGACCUCAUCAACCUGCAGCAAUGAGUCCCUAAGCAUUGGAGGAACCCCUGUCACUCCUCGCCGAAUCUCUUGGCGGCAGCGCAUUUUCCUCAGGGUUGCUUCUCCCAUGAACAAAUCUCCCUCAGCAAUGCAGCAGCAAGAUGGACUGGAUAGGAACGAGCUUCUGCCACUCUCCCCUCUUGCUCCAACCAUGGAAGAGGAACCACAUGUUAUAUUCUUGUCUGGAGAUGAUGACCCAGAAAAAGUCGAAGAAAGAAAAAGAUCAGAAGAACUAAGGAGUUUGUGGAGAAAAGCUAUACACCAGCAAAUUUUGUUGCUUCGAAUGGAAAAAGAAAACCAGAAACUUGAAGAAGCGAGCAGAGAUGAACUCCAGUCCAGAAAAGUUAAAUUAGACUAUGAAGAAGUUGGUGUAUGUCAGAAGGAGGUCUUCAUAACCUGGGAUAAGAAGUUGAUAAACUAUCGUGCUAAAAUUAAAUGUGAUAUAGAAGAUAUUCAUGCUUCUCUUAAAGAAGGAGUUCCCAAAAGCCGUCGAGGAGAAAUUUGGCAGUUCCUAGCUUUACAGUAUCGCCUGAGACACAGAUUGCCUAGUAAACAACAGCCUCCUGACACAUCGUAUAAAGAGCUAUUAAAGCAGCUAACUGCCCAGCAACACGCUAUCCUUGUGGAUUUAGGGAGAACAUUCCCUACUCACCCUUACUUUUCAGUACAGCUUGGGGCAGGGCAGCUGUCGCUCUUUAACCUCCUGAAAGCCUAUUCUCUUCUGGACAAAGAAGUGGGAUACUGCCAGGGAAUCAGCUUUGUGGCUGGAGUCCUGCUUCUGCACAUGAGUGAAGAGCAAGCUUUUGAGAUGCUGAAAUUCCUCAUGUAUGAUCUCGGCUUCCGCAAGCAGUACAGACCUGACAUGAUGUCGCUGCAGAUCCAAAUGUACCAGCUGUCAAGGCUCCUUCAUGACUACCACAGAGAGCUCUACAAUCAUCUUGAAGAAAAUGAAAUCAGCCCCAGUCUUUAUGCUGCUCCCUGGUUCCUCACAUUGUUUGCCUCUCAGUUUCCAUUAGGAUUUGUAGCCAGAGUUUUUGAUAUAAUUUUUCUUCAGGGAACUGAAGUUAUAUUUAAAACUGCACUCAGCCUACUGAGCAACCAAGAAGCACUUAUAAUGGAAUGUGAAAGCUUUGAGAAUAUUGUCGAGUUUCUUAAAAACAAUCUACCUGAUAUGAAUACCUCUGAAAUGGAAAAAAUUAUUACACAGGUUUUUGAGAUGGACAUUUCUAAACAGUUACAUGCCUAUGAGGUAGAAUAUCAUGUGCUACAGGAUGAACUUCAGGAAUCCUCCUAUGCCUGUGAGGAUAAUGAACCUGUGGAGAAGCUGGAGAGGGCCAACAGCCAACUGAAAAGACAAAACAUGGACCUCCUAGAAAAAUUACAGGUGGCUCAUGCUAAGAUCCAGACUUUGGAAUCAAACCUGGAAAAUCUUUUGACCAGAGAGACCAAACUGAAGUCUUUAAUCCGAACCUUGGAACAAGAGAAAAUGGUCUAUCAGAAGACUGUGGAGCAAAUCCGGAAGUUGCUGCCAGCAGAUGCUCUCGCCAGUUGUGAAUCCCUGCUGAGAGACCUAAACUGUAACCCUAACAACAAAGCCAAGACAGGAAACAAGCCAUAA